GCUUCAACGUGUUACAAUUGCGCACCUUUGCUCUGGCGCUGGAAGCUUGUGCUUUUACCGAGGCUCAUUCUACCUCCCGGUCCAGCGCUCUCUUCUAGGAAUGGCGUUGUAGGCAGACCCAAUGAACGAUGUGCACAGCAAUUCGUUAUAUAUGGUAGCGGCAGUGAGCUUGCAUUGGAGGCAAUGUUUCACAGCCUGGGGCGGACGACAUCGCCUUUAACAACAACGUCUAAGCCGCUCGGACGAACGCAAGUCAACUGCGCAUUGGUCUGUAAAGCGCUUUCUCCACCACCGGUACUACCGAAUGAGGCGGUUCGGCAGUUGGCGUGCGGAAGCGGGUUGGCUCGGCCACCCGAGCGGAUUGUGCAAGCAGCAGGACCUGAGAAACCCCAUGCAGGUCGGGUAACACCCGCCAAGCUGGCUGCGCUGUCGCACCUCCUGCGGCUGCCCAUCACGCGGGUGGAGGAGCUGCUGCAGCGCAGCCCCGCAGCUGUACGACAGAUGGAGCCUCAGCACGUGGCGCAGCGGCUGCGGGGCAUCUGCUCCGCGCUUGGAGUCACCCCCAAGCAGGCGACCUUCAUGACCACCAAGCAGCCCGCCUACAUGCUGCUCACCCCGUUAGAGGCGAUGCGCGCAAAGGUGCUGGAACUGGCGGCAGCGCUGCAGGUACCCCCAGCAGCCGUGCACCGCACCGCGCUCACGAUCCCAUCCAUCCUGCACCGCAGCACAGCAGUCGUGCAGCGGCGUGUGCAAGCGUACAGCGUGCUGUUGCGGUGCACACCGCUCGAUGUGCUGCACAUCAUGGCACGUGGUCCCGAGUACCUGUCUGACACGCCCUCGUCCGUACGGCAGCGCAUGACAGCCCUGGGCUUUGUACUGCAGCGGCCGCGGUGCACCAUUGCCGCCAUGCUGCAAGCGCGGCCUGACCUGGUGUCCAUGUCCGGCAAGGUGAUGAAUACCAAGGUGAAGGGCCUUAUGUGCAUAAUGAACAAGGAGAAGCGGCAUGUGGUGACGCUGGUGGUGAAGACGCCCGCGCUGCUGCGCUGCAACUUGGACGCGGCGCGUGCGGUGUUCGAAGGGCUGCAGGGCAUGCUGCGGAAGCGCGAGGGCUUCGUGUACGCCAUGGUGUGUCAUGCCCCGCACCUGCUGCUCCUGCCGCCGCCGGGGCUACACCAGCGCUGUUCCGCGUUGCGGCGCUGCCUUGCCGCGUCGCCUGUUUGGUGCGAGCAGUUUCAGCAGCUUCGGCCGCCCGGAGUGGCGCAGCUGCUUCUGAACCGCCGCAGCAGCCUCAGCGCGCUGGUGUUCCUGACGCAGCGGCAGCGGGCGGGCAGCGUGGCCCUGGAGAAGCUGCUCGCGGCAGGGGGGUCCGGCAAGCCGGGAGCUGGGCAGGACGGGCUUGCGGCGGCGUUGGGGCCUGCAUGGCCGGAGUUCCAGGUGUGGUUGGAGCGGCGGAGGCGCUACCUGGCGAUGCGGCUGCAGGAGCGGCAUGCGGCCAGGUGGGGCCUGCCGGGCGGUGUGGUGCCUGGUCCCGGGGGGCAGCAGCCGGUGCCGCACAUGGGCAUGUUGCCGGUGCCGCCGCCGCCGCCCGGAGCUCUAGGACCGGCCCAGCAGCCGCAGUACCUGAGGCAGCCACCGCAACAGCUGUUGCAGCAGCAGCAGCAGCAGCUGUGGCAGCAGCAGCAUCCUCAGCAAGGGCCGCAGUACCAGCACCCGCAGUACCAGCACCCGCAGUACCAGCACCCGCAGUACCAGCACCCGCAGCUGACCUCCUCGCUGCCGAUUCAGGCAGGGGCAUCAUGCGGCCCUUCAGGGGGUCUUGGUGGACUUAGCAGCAUUCCGCAUGCGAGCCUCUGUCCGCAAGCGCGCCACCCCACAGGCGCAGAUGGCAGCAGUGCGCGGGUGAUGCAAGGAGCAGAAGAGGCUUUGGAGCGGGGCAGCGGCCAGCCUGAUGGCGCCGAAACAUGUAACAACAGGAGCGACAAUAGCACUAGUACAGCCAGCAGCAGCAGCAGCAGCAGUAGCAACAGAGAGCCUAAUUGCGGGAGUGGUGAGAGUUCAGGGCAGGAUGCAGGUGUAAGGGCAGGUGUGAACCGCGAACAGCAGCUGGGCGCGUCCACGUCGGGCAGGCAGCAGUCGUGGCUGCAGAUACAGGCGGAGUAUAGAAGAAUGCGAGCGAGAAGAAGAGGGCCUCCUGCUGCGUCACCUGCCAGAAGACCAGCAGGGCACGUGACGGCAGAGGUAGGCACGGCGUCGGCAGCUGUGGCUCGACGGCGCGCACCUGCUUCCUUGCGACCAACCGCGAACGCAGUGGGGCCACCAGCUUCGGCGGGAGUCCAGGAGGGCAGCCACAGUAGGGCGAGCCAGCGCCAAAGUAACGUACUGAAGAACGCUGUACGACCGCUUUUGGCGCACGGGAAGCGUCCGCGGCCCACAGGCGCAGCUGCAGCUGCACCCCAGCGCCAAGACCAGCUGGCUCGGGGCCCGUCGUUGGGGCCGCCGGCAGGCAGUAUUCCUGCUGGGCCGCAGCAGGGCUCUGUUGCUGGCGGUGGCCCAGCUAGCGUGCUGCCUGGCGGGCAGGCCGGCUGUGGAGCGGCGGGGCUGUCAAGUGGGCCGGAGGCGGCUGCAGCACGGGCCCCGGGGCGCCCACGCCAUGUGCUUCGAAGCCUGUUGCUGUCCCAAGGCAGUCGGCCAGGCACACAGCUGAGCAGGAGGCACCUGGGCACAGCUGAUAGCUGCGGGAAGGGGGUCCCUGCCGUGGCUACCGUACGGCAAGCAAGGGAAACCCGGCUCAAGCCUUGCUCUCAGCGCCCCGACUCGCAAUCCCCUUGCCCUGACCAACGAGGUGGCGCGGAAUGCGGGGAGGUGAAUGCGGCGGUGGCGGCCUCCGCUGGUAGCCGCAACCGCCGGAGUGGCGCGGAGGCGGCUGACCCAACUUGGUCCCAGUGCAGGGGGCAGCCGAGGGGCGCACAGGUCGACUCGGGUGCGCAUGCGCGUCCCAUGCACCUUGCACAUCUUAGACAUGGCACUAACGGGAGGGGAGCUGGCGGAGUCGGUGCGGGCAGCGCCGGCGGUGGAGGAGGUGGUGGCAGUGAAGCACCUUCCAGCGCCUGCAACGGCGCGCGGAUGGGCAGCGAGGGCAAGGCGCCCGGGUGCGAAGGAAUCUCGCUUCCAAGGACCGAUGCUCCCUCACAACAGUCGGGGCGGUACGUGGAAGGGGAUCCACAGGAGAAGAGCUUGAGCGCUAGCGUAGGGUUAGGCGGUGGCAAUGGAAAUGGGGCGUUGCAGGGCGUCGUUGUCGUAGGGGUGAGCUCGCAUAGGCCGCGGCUUCGGUACACGGAGCAGCCGUUAGAGGAGGGACAAGCGGGGUCGGCGGGGGGCUUGGGGCAGGAGCAGUUGCAGCCGGUGCUUGGUGCCGUGGUACGACGGUAACACGGUCUGGCUUGGAUGAGGCGGUUUCCUUGUUGCUGUGGCUGACUGCAUGGUCAUAGAUGGAAUUGACGCUUCUGAUAAGGUGCCCCGAAGCGUUGCGAUACUAAAUUCAUUCUACACACAAAUCUUGGCUCGAAUGACAUAUCUGAAGCCGGUUUUUAUGGAGGUUGGUGCUGUCGGGGUUCACACAGGGCGUCAGGUGGACGCUGUGGUUGUAACCAGCAUACCUGUG